ACCGCAGUUGCGUCUGCGCAGCCCAGCUUCAGACAUGUCGCCGACUAUCACAUUAAUUUUCACAGUGUUUGUGCUUUACGCGUCCGCGGACGCUAUGGCACACCACUCGCAUGACAAGAGUGAGAGACGAGAGAAACAGGAGAAACACCCAACUUGCCAGGAGUUCACCCAGGGCCUCUCCUUUAACGACAGCAGCGCCAUCGGAUCCUGGCACCUUCUGCACAUGAGGAUGGAAAAUUCUAAUGGAGGCGUUGACACUCACUGUGUUAGCUUCACCGCUGUUAGUGAUCAGGAACGCAAAGACCUGAAAGAAUUGAUUGGCAAAUUUGUUGAGAAUCUAAAAUGGGAGAACCUCGUUCUGAAGAUGCAGAUUCCAUGUGCAAGUCCUGGCUUCAAUAAAAGUCGCGACUAUUACCUGGAGAAGCUUGAGGGUGACGGAUCGUACAGGACUCUGCAAAUGCCUCCAUCUUCUGCGAAACUAGAUCUAGCAGACUUCCACCGCUAUCCAAUGCGGCUGAAGGUUAUUGAAGGACAAUACCUCGGUAUGAUGGACUGCCACGAGAAGUUCGUCUUCAUCCUGGGCCCCCAACCACCUGAAGGCAAGGAAAUCGACGAGAAACUCAAGAAAAUGAUCGAUUUCUACUGGCCUGAAGAAACGGCCUAAAGAAAUA